UUUAGGAACUACAUUAUUGAAGGAAGUUCCAAAGAAGAAGAAGAAGCAUAGCAAGAAAAUUUUGAAGAUGGAAAAGAGUGUUAAUUACUUUCUACUACUUCUUGUGCUACUUCAGUUCCUCUUUUCUGGUACCACAAGUAGGACAAUGAAGGAAGAAGCAGCAAGACAUGUGAAUUCAAUAAGACAAGAAAUUAAACAGUUAAUUUCCACUUCCACCACCAAAAGGGAUAUCACCACUCCAAUCACAACAAUCCCAAAUUUGUUCCCAACAUCCCCAAUCCUAAACCCUAAUUCUGACCCGGACACAAACUAUUCCCCAUCAUCAACAACAACAAUAAUUCCAGGGAUAGGGAGUACCAAUACUCCACCCGCAUCAAAUUCCACGAUAGUGCCCUCUCCUUCAGGUUCAAGUUGGUGCAUUGCAAACCCUACAGCUUCAAUUAGGGCAUUGCAAGUUGCAUUGGACUAUGCUUGUGGAUAUGGUGGAACUGAUUGUUCUGCAAUUCAACCUGGUGGAAGCUGUUACAACCCUAAUACAAUACGUGACCAUGCUUCUUAUGCAUUCAAUAAGUAUUAUCAGAAGAAUCCUGUUCCAAAUAGCUGCAAUUUUGGUGGAACUGCUCUUGUCACUAGCACUAAUCCAAAUUCUGGGACAUGUCAAUAUCCAUCCACCAGCACAAGUUCAUCAAUCUUAAACACAACAAACACAAGUGGAGCAAAUGUUUUUGGUUCAGUGCCUGUGCCCACAGACCCCUCUGCCUCUGGUGCAGUUACCACAUCAAAUAGCUUUGUUGAAAUUUGCCUCAUUAUAUGGACAAUAAUAUCAAUUUUGGAAAAACAAUUUCUCUAACAUGUAUGAGAGGCAUAAUUUAUUUUUCUUCUAUCUAUAGGUACAUGAAGACACUUUGUAGAAAGAAAUUAGAAAUAUAUACCAAUUAAUUAUA